AUGGAGCGUCAUAUAAAACAGGUCAUACUUGACAGGCUUCGCAUGCCAUAGAAAAUGCCGCUGAACCCUUCUUACUCUGAGCUGCAUCUCUUGUACUUCUCUUCUGGUAUUGAAAGCAAUACGUUCUUCAGAUUGGGAAUGUCCUUCUCGGCCAGAAUCACAGAGAACGCCCCCCAAUCGAGAACCUCGAAAAAUGGCGGCACGAAGUUGUCGGAUAUUAUCACCGGCACGCACUCGUAA